UCUUCUUCUGUGUGCUCUGUGUAUGUGAACUUUAUGCAAUUUAAUUAAAAAAUCGAACAAACGGAAAUUGGAAAUUAAAGUGAAUUCGAAGUGCCAAACAAAUUAAACUCUGAAUGGACACAUUCAAAUGAUUAUGAAAUGCAAAGAUGUAAAGCUCAACGCUUUUGCGUGCAUAGAAAAUGACCGCAGCAGGGGAAAACCAGUCAUUAAAUAAAAGAAACGCAUGAAGUAAAAAUGCUUAUUUACUCGAAAAUAAAAAAUAUCCGCGCUGAUAAGUUAGAAAACAUUAACUAAUUGCAAAAUAAAUAUAUAUAAAGCUCGAGUAAGGGAAAGGCGCGGAAGGAAGGAACCAUUUUGAGCGAGUUGGAGCUGGGUGAGCUGGAGCAUGAUAGACAGCUAUGCCUUCGGUACGCCCUGGUAGUCUUAAAGAUCCGGAAAUAGCCGAUCUAUUCAACAAGCAUGAUCCGGAGAAGAUCUUUGAGGACUUGCGCGAGAUCGGCCAUGGAUCGUUUGGUGCCGUUUACUAUGCCCGCUGCAAUCUCACCAAGGAGAUUGUGGCCAUCAAGAAGAUGUCGUAUACGGGCAAGCAGAGUCAAGAGAAGUGGCAGGACAUCCUCAAAGAGAUACGUUUCCUACGUCAAUUGAAUCACCCGAAUACCAUUGAAUACAAGGGUUGCUACCUGCGCGAGUCGACCGCCUGGCUCGUGAUGGAGUACUGUGUGGGUUCCGCCUCGGAUAUUAUCGAGGUGCACAAGAAGCCCCUGCACGAGGACGAGAUCGCCGCCAUCUGCCUGGGGGUGCUCAGUGGCCUGAGCUAUUUGCACUCCCUCGGUCGCAUCCACCGUGACAUUAAAGCUGGGAACAUCCUGCUGACGGACAACGGUAUCGUUAAGCUGGCCGACUUCGGUAGUGCGGCCAUCAAGUGCCCCGCCAACAGCUUCGUCGGCACCCCCUAUUGGAUGGCUCCCGAGGUUAUCCUGGCCAUGGACGAGGGCCAGUACGACGGCAAGGUGGACGUGUGGUCUCUGGGGAUCACUUGCAUUGAGUUGGCUGAACGAAAGCCGCCCUACUUCAACAUGAAUGCCAUGUCCGCACUCUAUCACAUUGCCCAAAAUGAGUCGCCGACGCUUCCGAAGAAUGACUGGUCAGAUGCGUUCUGUAGAUUCGUCGAGCUGUGCCUGAAAAAGAUGCCUGCGGAACGUCCUUCUUCGGAAGAGCUCUUGAUGCAUGAGUAUGUGACACGACCGCGCUCCGAUACGGUCCUGCUAGAACUAAUAGCCCGCACCAAGUCGGCCGUGCGCGAAUUGGACAACCUCAACUACCGCAAGAUGAAAAAGAUACUCAUGGUGGACACGUGCGAGACGGAGAGCGCCGUGGGCGAUGCCGAUGACCAGCAGGACGAUCAUGUGGGCGGUGACAGCAGCAAGAGCAAUAGUAUUACUUCGGAACACUCCAUACACUCUGUUGGUGUAUCGGCAGCAAGUAGUCAGAGCUCUUCUUCGAAUUCCAUACCGGCUGCAGCACAGAAUCAUCACCAUAUCGCUGCGCACCACCAUCAGCAGGCGGCUUCUGCCGUGGCCGUUGCCGUGCAUCAUCACUAUCAUUCACAGCAGCCGCAGCCGCAGCCCAUCAGACUAAGUGGCGGCGGCGGCGGCGGCGGACAGCAGCAGGCGGUACCAGUCGGAGCCGCUUCGCGGAACUCAUCGCGACAUCGCAAUCGACCGCCGUUGCCCAUCAUGCACACCAUGAACAACAAUGUGACGCCAACGAACUCGGCAUCUGUGGUGCCAGCGCCCGCCCCGACGCUUUCCGUGAUCACGCAUAUUAGCGGAAUGGGACUUGGCACCGGAGGCAGCAGUGGGGGGUCGCCCGCCUCCGGCUCCGGCUCUGGCCCUGAUCGUAUGCCACCCAUCGUGUGCCAGCCGCGCUAUCUAACAACUCCUGCCGCCCAGGCAGCCGUUUACGCGGCCUCUUCGGCCUCCUCGCAGCAAGCCAUCUCUAAUGCGGUCAACGAUCACGGCCCCAACAACUUUGCCACCAUACGCACCACCAGCAUUGUCACCAAGCAGCAGAAGGAGCACAUGCAGGAGGAAAUGCACGAACAAAUGUCGGGCUACAAACGGAUGCGACGCGAGCAUCAGGCUCAUCUCGUGAAGCUCGAGGAAAAGUGCAAGGUCGAUAUGGAAGCGCACAAGACAGCCCUUGACAAGGAGUACGACACUCUUCUGCAUAACUUCACCAGGGAUCUCGAACGGCUCGAGAAUAGGCACCAGCAGGACGUGGAGCGUCGGGCAAAACAGACUAGCGCAGCCGAGAAGAAACUACACAAAGAGAUUACUCUGAAGCAGGACGGCGAUCGCAAGGUGUUCGACUUGAAUCGCAAAAAGGAAUACAAAGCGAACAAGGAGCGCUGGAAACGCGAGCUCUCCAUGGACGACUCAACGCCGAAGCGUCAGCGUGAUCUUACCUUGCAGUCGCAGAAGGAUAAUCUGAAGCAGCACGAGGCGCAAGAAGAGCAACGCAUGCUACAGGCACAAAAGCAAUAUAUCGAGCUCGAAAUGCGCAAAUUCAAGCGGAAGCGCAUGGUUGUGCAUCACGAACAUGAUGAUCAGCAGUUACGAGACGAGCUCAGCAAGAAGGAACAACAGCUAGAGCAAGCGCAUGCCAUGCUCUUGAAGCACCACGAAAAGACACAGGAACUGGAGUAUCGCCAACAAAAGAGCGUGCAUCAGCUGCGAGAGGAGCAGAUAAACAAGCAACACGACACGGAGUUGCACAAUCAAAAAGACUAUAUGGAUCGCAUUAAAAAGGAGCUGCUGCGCAAGCAUGCGCUCGAGUUACGACAACAGCCCAAAAGCCUGAAGCAAAAAGAGCUGCAGAUACGUAAACAGUUUCGGGAGACUUGCAAAACGCAAACGAAGCAAUACAAACGCUACAAGGCGCAAGUUCUGCAAACGACACCAAGAGAACAACAGAAGGAAGUCAUCAAACAGCUGAAGGAGGAGAAGCAUCGGAAGCUUACGCUGUUGGGUGAACAGUAUGAACAAAGCAUUGCGGAUAUGUUUCAAAGUCAAAGCUACAAACUGGACGAAAGUCAAGUGAUCGAGUGCCAACGUACCAAUGAGCAAUUGGAGUACGAACUAGAUAUGCUGACCGCCUAUCAGAACAAGAACAAGAAACAAGCCCAGGAACAACGGGAUCGUGAGCGUCGUGAACUGGAGAAUCGUGUCAGCGUACGGCGGGGUCUUCUCGAGAACAAGAUGGAUGCCGAGUUGCAGCAAUUCAAUCAGGAACGCGCCGAGCGCUUGAGAAUGAAACAUGAAAAGCAUGCUAGAGAAUUGGAAGCAUUUGAUAACGAGUCACUUGCUUUAGGUUUCAGCUCUUUAUCGCUCACUGAGGUAUCCCGUGAAGCCUAUCCAGAUGACGAAGCAAGUCUGUCUGGAUCUAUGAUUAGUUUAGCCCAUAGCAAUAGUUCAACAAGCUUUCCAGCUGGUUCGCUAUAGCAUAGACAACAUCUUCAUCAUCAACAACAACAACAACAACAACAACAGCAGCAGCAACAACAGCAACAACAAGAACAAGAACAAUGGAAACAAAAGAAAGCGUUAAUUAAUAUGAGCUAUUUAAAUUUUAAUGCAAUUAUAAAGCGAACACAAAAACAACAGCAUAAUAGAAAUCCGACAUAAGUAACAAGAACUGCAGAUAACACUGUAACAAUAACACAAAAACAACACUGACACUUGUCACUUGUUUUUGUAGUAACAAAAGUAAAACAAAACAAAAACAGCUACUUAUUAAUAUUUACAAAGGGCAGAAAGAAGCUGGCAUAGUUUUGUAUUAAGAUAAAAUCGAUUCACGAGAACAUCAACAGAAAUAAAUAACAAAAAAUUUCAUAAAUCGAAGUAAAAUUAUACAAUUUAGCUGCAUGAUUACAAACUUAAGCUCAAAAGUCAACCACAAAUAAUAACACAAGCUGAAAAAUCAAACAAACAAGAAAACCAACAAAAAGUAUGUAUGCCGAGUGCAUAAGUUUAAUUAGUAUUGAUAUUACUGGACAAUUGAAUCAAUUCAUAAUUUGUUGUGUUACCCAUUUCUGCUUUUUUUGCACUGCAAAAUUGUCGUGAAUUCGCAUCGUCGGAUUGCCCUUGCAUUUGAAUGUUUCGAUUUGUAAAUGUUUCUUUCAAUUCAUUAUAGUUAACCCGAAGAGUUUACGGACAUUGUACCUCCAUGUCAUUUUUGCAUGUUAGGUUCAAUAUUUUCGAUCUGUGUGUGUAUGUUGUUCUUUUUCAUUUGGCUGGAUACAUGCAAAAAUUUAUUUUUGAUUACAGAUAAUACAUGUAUUUCAUCUUUUUUUUUGUUGAACAAGAA